CCCCGCUCCCUCCCCGCUCCCUCCCCACCCCCCCCGGGCCGCCCCCCGGCGGGCCGGGCAAGGUGAGCGCCCCCCCGGCAGCCGCGGCCGCCCCGGCCUCCCAGCCUCUGCGCCGCGGGCUGCAAGAAGUUAAUUUAUUUUUGGAGAAGCAGCCCUCAGAGUUUGUCUAAUUCCAUCCGCACCAGCUCCUUUCACUCUAUUUUAAACCAGUUCUUACUGUGCUGCAAGUUUAUAAAAACAAUCACUGCUCCCUGAUAAAAGCAGCCCCAACCCGCGGAGAAAGCAAGGAGUCACAAAAGCAGCAUCUCCUCCGGGACACUCUAGCUCAGCCGAAAGUUUCGCAGGGGUCGCUUUGGUGUCUGGUUCUCUACUUUAGUAUCCAAAGUGGAUCAACCAGAAUCUGGAUCAGUCCCUGCAGGCACGGUGAUGAAUGGUGUGAUCAAACAGGAUUGCUUGGACCACAAAAGUGCACCAAGUGGAAAUGAAGAAGAAAAGGCACGCAAAGAGAAGGCUGUCAGUGAAGUGAGAGAUGGCACCAAGCUCCAGCCACCACCCUUUGCAGAGCGGAAGAACGUUUUGCAGCUACGGCUUCAGCAGAGAAGGACUCGUGAGCAGCUGGCAGACCAAGGCAUCAUGCCACCACUGAAAAGCCCAUCUGCAUUCCAUGAACAACGAAAAAGUCUGGAGCGAGCCAAGACUGAAGAUUAUCUCAAGCACAAGAUCAGAAACAGGCCUGAGAGAUCAGACCUGGUCAACAUGCACAUUUUACAAGACUCAGCUGCAGAAGGGUCCAUUCAGUCUACUCAAAUGAAGCUGAAAAGAGCCAGACUGGCAGAUGAUCUCAAUGAAAAGAUUGCUCUCAGGCCGGGUCCUUUGGAGUUGGUGGAGAAGAAUAUUAUUCCUGUCGACUCAGCUGUGAAAGAGGCCAUAAAAGGUACGCAGGUGAACUUCCCCAAGCCAUCCGACGCGUUCGCCUUUGAGGAGGACAGCAGCAAUGACGGCCUGUCCCCGGAGCAGGUCAGGAGCGAGGACUCCCAGGGCUCCACGGAGUCGUCGGCGGGCACCAAAGCCUCGGAGCCGGCCCCGCCGGCGCCCUCGGGGACGCCCCAGGAUCACCCCCACAGCACUGAGGGCAAUGCAGCAGAGCUGGCCUCAGGGCAGAGCAGCCAGUGCGACAGCCCCAAGCAAGCACCAGGACAGGACAGCCCACCCCUCCCAGUGCCCUCUGUGGUGAAGUCAAAAUCUUCCAGUGAUAGCAAGAACCGUCACAAAAAGCCCAAGGACACCAAACCCAAGGUGAAGAAGCUGAAAUAUCAUCAGUACAUCCCUCCAGACCAGAAGGCAGAAAAGUCCCCUCCUCCCAUGGAUUCUGCAUAUGCCAGACUCCUCCAGCAGCAGCAGCUCUUUCUGCAGCUCCAGAUCCUCAGUCAGCAGCAACAGCAGCAACAGCAGCAGCAGCAGCAGCAGCAACAGCAACACUUCAGCUACCCAGGGAUGCACCAAGGCCAGAUAAAGCAAUCAAAUGAGCAAAUGGUCAAAAGUUCAAAUUCUUCAUCAACUUCUGUCAACAACACCCCUCUUUCUCCUGUGAAAACCACCUUUUCAGGCCAGACUUGUGUCUCAUCUAUCAAGCCAGGCCCUCUGCCAUCUAACCUGGAUGACCUGAAAGUGUCAGAACUGAGACAGCAGCUCCGAAUAAGAGGCCUUCCUGUAUCUGGUACCAAAACAGCACUGAUGGAACGGCUGCGGCCCUUCCAGGAGUGCAGCAGCAAUGCAGUGCCAAACUUCAGUGAGAUCACAACUGUAACCUUUCCAGUCACUCCAACAAGCACCUUGUCAAAUUACCAGUCGCAGUCCUCCACCAGCAUGUUAUCAAAUGGCUUCUACCACUUUGGCAGCACCAGCUCCACCCCACCCAUCUCUCCAGCCUCCUCCGACCUCUCUGUGAGUGGCUCUUUGCCAGACACAUUCAAUGAUGGGCCCAUGUCUUCUCCACAGUUUGGUCUUCAGCCAUCUCCAGUCCAUGGUAGUGCUGAAGAAAGCCUCAUGAGUAGCAUGAAUGGAGGGAGCAUUCAGCUGGAGCUGGAAGGGAUUGACACAGAGAAAGACAAAAUGCUGGUGGAGAAACAGAAAGUCAUCAAUGAAUUGACAUGGAAGCUGCAACAAGAGCAGAGGCAUGUGGAAGAGCUACGGAUGCAGCUCCAGAAGCGAAAGAGAAGCAAUGGCCUUGAGGAAAAACAACAGCCCACUCAGCAUUUCUUUGGUGUCCCCAUCAAGCAAGAAAAUGCAGUGUCCAGCUGCCCAUUUGCAUCCAAACAAACUGCCUUAAAAGGCCAAGCCAGCAGCUCAGAUAAGUUAAGUAACUGUGGUGUGCCACAGCUGUCUCACAUUGUAAAUAGCCACUGCUUGGAGCCUGCAGGGCAAAGCACCAUCACCUCUUCAACAUUCCUGAGCCCUCAGUGUUCCCCCCAGCACUCUCCUCUCGGGGCUGCAAAGAGCCCGCAGCACAUCAGCCUGCCACCGUCCCCUAAUAGCCACUAUCUCCUCUCGGUGUCCCCUGGCUCACAGGCAGAAGGGUGCAGCGGGUCCCCACAGACCAACAGUUGCCUUCGCACAGCAUCGCAGAUGACUCGAAGUCAGCAGAUGGACGAACUCCUGGACGUGCUGAUUGAGAGCGGAGAAAUGCCAGCCAAUGCCAAGGAAGACCGGUCCUGCCUGCAGAAAGUACCUCACAUAACAGUGUCUACAGGGAACUCCAGCACUUCUCUCCCAAAAUCAUCUGCCGCAUUCGAACAGGUCUCCUCCACCCAGCUCCCAUUCGAGCACUGUCCAGGUGGUGGUGACACUCACCUCGAGGUCCUGCUGAAUGCUCACAGCCCACUGGGGAGAGUCAGUGAAAUUGCCCUACUGAAGAUGGGAGGAGAAGAGUCCCACUUCGAAGGGAUGAUAGAGGGGUUCUCCAGCAAAGCUGCAGAUGAACUGCUCACCUCCCAGGAGAUUUUACAGACUCCCCUCUCACCAAUGGAAACACAGCUCUCCCCUUCCCCUGCUGAUGGCUCUGGUUUACAAAUGAGCUUCACUGAAUCUCCAUGGGAAACGAUGGAGUGGCUGGACCUCACCCCCCCCAGCUCUGCCACCGGCUUUGGCUCUCUCACCUCUGCUGGCCCCAGCAUCUUCAACAUUGAUUUCCUAGAUGUUACUGAUCUCAAUCUAAACACCAGCAUGGACCUUCACCUACAGCAGUGGUGAACAGGAGGAUGGCGGAGGCAGGAUACUAUAAGCCUGCAGCAGCCAGCAGUGUUUCCGUCAUGCCAGAGAACACAUAGACCUAACAUGCCAGAAUCAGGGGAAACUGGAGCCAUUUUCCCAGUGAAUAAACUUGUUUGAAUUUCCUGUUACUGCAAAGUGACAGCUCAACAGCUCUGGUACUUUGAUUUUUCUCCAUUGACACAUCCCCACAAAGGAUACCUUUAUCAACACUCCUUUAGGUUGACAGUUGGCUAGAAUUUUGAUUUUGUUCCUCUUACCUUUUUCUCCCCAGUUUUAGCAGUCACUCCCAUGAGAACUGGAGAAGCUCAUGACAAAAUUGUGUGGUGAGGACACCUCAUCCAGGAAGCAACAGGGAAUCAUCCAGAGGUUGCUGCCCCCUUCCCUCCUGCCUGUACAGCUAUUUAGGCCAUCAUGCAUGGCUCAACUUAGCCAUGCCAGGUCAGGAGGAUUGGGAGCAGGGAGGUCCAAGGGCUCUGCCCAGCCAGGGCAACAAACACACUACUCUGUACAGCCUUACAUCCUUCCUUCUGUCCCCAAAGCCAUGUUCCUCCCAGUCCCUGCACAGCUGUGCUCUAGGUGAGUGAGAGAUGGAGCCGAUGUUCAUGGUGGUACUUUGGGAUGUUCUCAGGCUGCCUGUGGGGCUGAAAGUCAAAGAGCUGUCCUGGCUGCAGUCAGAACUGAAUCAGGCUGAAGCCUGUGACCUUGAAGCAGAGAGGUCUGGAUGCUGGAGGCAGCUGCUGAGGCCGCAGGUGCAGGUAUUGAACAGCUGUGGCAUUAUGGUGCAGCUGGCGUGUCCCAGCUCGUGUGGUACAGAUGAAGUCUUAUUAUGUUCUGAUCCAAGGUAGGAGCAAGUCAUAUGGAAAAUACAGCAAAGCUUUGCAGGGGCUGUCCUCUGCACAGCCAAAAAUCAGGAUGGGUCUCCACUGCCCUGCAUGACCCAGAAGCAGGGGCAGCCAGGAGCAGCCAUUCAGCCACCUGGUGUGGGACAAGGCUGAGCAGGCUCUUGUGUGCCUGUGGUUUUGUGUGAGCACCUGCUUUGCUGUCUCCACUCCUCUGUCAUCCAGAAGGCUUCCUUUUUCCCAUACUUCCUCGAUCCCCAGCAGUGAUUCUCCUUUCCCAAGUUUACUCCAGCAUCACUGUUCACCCAGCUCAGAGCAAAGCCAUCUGGAGAACAGCUGUGAAUCACUGAGCCUAGAGGAGCUUGUUCUUCUGAAGCCAGCGAAGAUGGAUGCUCUCCUGCAGCGAUGCCUCCCAUUUAAAGUCACCAGUGUUUCUCCUGCAAGUCUCUGUGCAAUAUACUUCCUCGGGCUCUAAUGAGAAGGAGCCUUUGCUUCACUUCUUGGCUUCCACCAAAGAACUUACUGCAGACUCUUUGACGGACACAUCUACUUCUUUGCAAUUCUGGUUUUGCCAAAGUAAAUAUUGUUGCUGACAAAGAUUGUUAAACUAUUUACGGACUGUGUGUAUUUAAUAUUUGUGUUACUGGAAAGACAUCACAUUGGCGAUGCAGCAGCUGGAGAGGAGGCCCAGCGUGAGGGGCACCAUGGGCAGCCUGGCCACAGCUCCUGCGGGGCACCCGCACCCAAGGCUGCCAGAGCUGCCGGAGAAGGCUUUGUGGCCACCGCUGUGUCUCAGCUUAUGGCGUUGUUGCAUGCUGUAUAAAGAACAUGGCAGUAGCUUUUAAGUCACUAUUUAAAGCACCACUUUUCUAUUGUACAAAUGGUCACAAUGCACUGCUAGGAUAGGCGAUCACAGGUUGCAUUAAAAAAAAAAAAAUCUAAGUGAGAGAUUUUUAGAAGCCAUUCCAUGAAGAAUAGUAAUAGCACUUGAAUCAGAGUAGUGUUAGCCGCUACACUGCGUCAUUGUACAGGGCUUUCCAGACAACUUUCUCCUCUCAACAAAUGUAUUUCCUUAAUUAAAGGGAUGCUGUCAGCUUCAAAGUUGUAAGCAAGCACAUUUCCUUACCUAUGUUACCAGCAACACCUUCAUUAUUAAAAACCCCUUUGUCUUGCCACUACAUCUGCUCACAGUCUGUUUGAUUUUGCUGGGCUGGAGCAGUAACAGCCAUCCCAGCUGUGUUCAUUUCAUUUCAGCUUCAUUCCAGGGAGCAGCUACAAUCUUUCCAGAAGUUUGAUUUUAAAGAAACAGUUUCUCCUGGGAGAUUUCUAACCAGUCUCCCAUUUCCAAAGACUUCUCCUUCUGUUGGCUUUGGUUUUGCUUUGUUCUCCUGCAAACCUUGCUCCACUGGUCAGCAUUCUGUUCAAAGGGAGCUGCUGGUACUCUGGGCUGCUGACCAAACACCUUCAAAUUUUCCAGCAGCUGGGCUCCUGGCCAGGGCUGAACCUCCCAUUGCCCACAGGGGAGCAGCAGGAGUGGGCUGGAGAGCUCAGCUGGAUGCUGUGCUUUCAUUUGAUCCCACGAGGGCUGAGAGCCAGCAAAGUUUUGGAAGUGACAGGCCAUGCCGAUGGAGGAGAGGGACACGGGACUGGUAUCCAGCUACAGACUGGAGCAUCCUUUAUUUUUUGUGGGCUUCCCCUCAUCUGUCUGCUCUUUUACUGUCACCAUAAGUUGUCUGCUUAAAGUCUUCUUGGUCUGAUUAUUGUCAUUCCUAUAAACUGACAGUUUACAGGAGACCAAGGAGACCAAGCCCAGAUCAAAACUCUUCUGUGGGGCAUGGGGAAGGAUUAGAGGGUCACUUGAGGUCCUUCCAGGCCAUAUCCCUCCUAAAGACACCUGCAGCCGAGCUGCUUUGCUGUCCAGAGAAGUGCUCAGCUCAGCUCUGCACAGGCUAGUGGUUCUCCAGCCCCACCAGAGCUAUCUCCUUGGGAAGGACAGACCGCGCUUGCAGGACAGAAUCUGCUCUCCCCUCCCCUUGCCUUGGCAGGAGAAGCACAAGCAAAGCCCCCUCCACACCUGGCAUCCCCCCGUGGAGUUCUGAGGACCCCUUGGGUCCUGCUUGGGAGCUGCUUCAAUUACCUGUCCCCCCCCGGGCAGGUAUGCCAGAGCCAGACCCCUCCAGUCCCUGCUGGUUCCCUCAUUUCCAGAUUCAGGUUUGUCCCCCAAUGCUUUACAGCCCUGCUCCCAUGCCACUGUGUCUGGCCUGUUGGAUAGUUCGCAUCCUUCCAGCUACACCCUGUGCCAGAGCAAUGCCACUGUUCUCUGCCUUCUUUGCUCAGCACCCACUGCUGAGCUGCCCCCACAGCGUUAGUGCCUCCUUGGGUUUGUCUGCCUUGACGUGUGGGUGGCUUUCCCACACAGCCUGUCCCAAGGGGUUUUGUUUCCUGCAGAAGCCCAGCUGGAGGAUCCCAGUGAUGUUCAAUUCUUGGGCCUUCCCAAAAAACAGGAGAUAGCCAAAAAAUGUUCCAAACAUCAAAUAACAUGGUUUCUGCCUUUGGAAAGAUUUUUUUAUAUGUGAGAGGACAGCUCAGUGCUGUGCUCUCCAUGGGAGGCACGGAGACAUCAGUGACACCGUUCCACCAAGUCCCAGGUCCAGAUAGACCCCAUUUUGGGGGUCUAUCACAGGGAAGCACUGUUCUCAUCCCCUCUGGGCUCAACAGAGCAAUGCAGUGCCCUCAGGUGUGUGGUGUGGAGGUCGCAGCCCCUGCUGCAUGGGGAGCCCCAAAGCCUCCGAGCUAGCCCCUGCCCUGCAGCAGGUACCUUCCAAUACCACCACCCAGUGCCCUGCGACACCCCCACCGGCCCCUGCAUGCACUCCAGGGCUGCCUCCGCAGCCCCAGCAGCCCCAGCCCAGUGCCCUGCGCGCAUCCUCCAGCUGAAGACUCCUGGUGGUCCUCCCUGCCCCCACACCAGCAGAAGCAUCAACCUUGUGCCUGCCCCAUGGCACAGAGCCCUGCCACCCCUUGCACAGCACACAGCCACCCACCACCAGAUCCCUCUGCUCCUCCCUGGCAGGUCCCCAGAGCCUCUGCCACCUCUCACCCAAAUCACACAGGGAGGGACCAGGGCCACUCCUUACCCAUGCACGGAGCCUCUGCACCCUCAGGCCACACAGACCUUGCUGUCACCCCCCACAUCUGUGACAGCUAAAAGGAGGCUUCCAAGGAAGAGGGACUUCUGGCUGUGUAAGUUGCACUCAGGUUCUGAGUGGGCUUCAGCAUAGUCUCCAUCUUGUUUUAAAGCCAAGCAUUUGUUCACAAUAGCAUACUGAUAGUGUUAUGGUAGUAUGAAAUUUUUUUUUUCAAUACCACCAAAGGUAUCUGCACUGCUGGGGUUACCCAGAGGAGGAGAAGUUGGCCUUCAUAGAGAUGCUUUUUUUUAAUCACAGCACCUCCACACUCAAUCUGCUUCCAAUUUGUUGUAUCCAAUUUACCAACUAGGUUCUUUGUAUGCCUACCAUUUUGUUACACUCAAAAUUUUGCUACAGACAAAAUGAAAUAUACUUUUAACACAAAGCCAUGAAUUUACUGUUAGUUUCAUUGAUGUCUUAAGAGAUUAAUAAAAAAAUAUUUUUUAGUACUGUUA